GAGCCAUCAGAACAUCAUCAGCCUUGUCCCAUCCCAGUCCAGACUUGCCCUCGUGUUUUCCUGCGACUUCUAGAACGCCAUAUAUCUCGGAGUACAGUCAUACUGUGACUCAUGUUCUUUCGUGCGGCACUAAGACCUGCGAGGUCGCUCCAUCCGACCCGACAAUUGCGGGCGCAUGUGAGAUGGGAGUCGACAAGACCCUCCCCGGUAACCGACUUCUACAAGACAUUUACUCGUCCCGUCGCCAAGACUCUUCUCCUGGCUGUGUUCACGUAUCAGCUGGCGUACUGGGCAUGGGUUAAGCUUGAGCAGGAUGAGAUCAAAGCUGAACGCCGAGAGGAGAUCUCACAGCUUGAGGCCCAGGUACAGAGCUUGCAAGCUGAUGAUAAGAAGAGGUGAUCGGCAGAGAGGAUUUUCCGGUCCUUAAAAAAGUAUCCGGGACCUAACUGCCUGCUCACGGCUGAGAGGCCAGCUCACUAUGAGUCUACGAUGGAAGGUGAUGCACUUGCAGAUGCACUUGCAGGUACCCUGUAAAAGUCAGUUGGACUGCGCCAAUUGUGAACCUCGACUUCGACCUCGAGCACGAGGCACAUAGGUGGGCGGAUGGUUGGAAACUGCCCGUUUAACUGGCACUUGAUUCGGAUCUAUCCUGUAUCAUUGCCCUGUAACACAAGCUGUAGCUAUAUGAUGCCCGAUUCCAGCAUUAAGCACUCCCCCCUAUUGAGUCAUAAUAUCACAAAAUCAUUGUCUCAAA